AUGUUUAAUGCUUAUUUGAAUGGAGUUUAUCAUUGGUUAGCUGAAUCUGGUGAUGUUGAAUUUGUGCUCUGCUUUGACAUGAGUGAUGAUGUGUUUUGGAAACUGAAUCUGCCCCAAGGUAUAUUUGAGGAAGAGAAAAACAAAUUUUACAUCAGGCAUUCAAAUAUUUUUGUUUUGAAUGACCGUGUUGGUUAUGUUAGAGAGUACAUGCACUCUAAAUUUCAUUUUGAUAUUUGGAUGAUGAAUGAAUAUGGCGUGGAAGGAUCUUGGAUGGGAAUGUUUAAAAUUGUGCGAGGACCUUGCCCUGAAAUUCUUUUGGAGUUUUGGAAUAAAGACGAUGAUGAUGUUUUUGUGCUAGGAGGGGAAGAGUAUCAACCGUUGGUUUCGUACAAGAUUGGUGAACAACAGGUGGUGAAUGAGUUUUCUCUCAACUUAGGAAUUGAGCAACGUGUUUUUAGAUAUGUGGAAAGUGUUGUUCCACUAUCUGGUGGUUCAUGA